CAGCUCAUAUCACCCAUCCUGCACCUACUACAUCAAGAUUUCCAUAUCCCCGAUCUCUAUCUGCCCAUUUAUCAAGAGCUUCCACUGUUCCGCUCCUUCUCUUCCUCCCUUCACCCCUCCACCGAUCCAGCUCCGUCCAUGGCGUCCACCACCAGCGACAGCCUCCUUUCCUCCCCCUCCCAUCCCUCCACCGCCGCGCUUGACGCCGCUGCCGACCAAGAGUUCUCCUCCCACCACCACCACAACCAUCACAACAGCCUCUUCCUCCCCUCCUUUUCUGCCAGCAUAUACCUCCCCUCCUCCUUCCACGGCCUCCUCCCCACCUCUUCCUCCACCGCCGUGCCAUCCCCCUCCCCUGCACCACCGCCUGCUCCGCCGCUUCCUCCCCAGCCGGCGCCCGCAAAGCAGACCAAGAAGCGCCCGCGGGCCUCCCGCCGGCCGCCCACCACCGUGCUCACCACGGACACUUCCAACUUCCGCGCCAUGGUGCAGGAGUUCACCGGCUUCCCGGCGCCGCCCUUCGCCUCCGCCCCGCCCCACGCCGUCCGCCCGCGCCUCCUCGGCGACCCGCCGUUCCUGAUGCGCCCGUCGCCUCUCAAGUACCCACACAACCCCGUGCUGCUGCCCCCCAACACUCGCACCACCACCCUAGCAAAUACCACCGUGAAUACCACUAGUAGUAAUAAUAUCACUACCAGUACCAGCUCUCUCGUGGACGCGCUCGCGCUGUUCGCGAAGAGCAACGUGAUGUCAAGCGCCGCCGCCGCCGCAGCUGCAACCACGUCCGGCGGAUCAACUGAUCACUACCACGGCAUCAGCAUGGGAGGGUUCAACCCGUUCGAAGAUUUCGAUGCGCCGGCGGAAGGCGAGAGGGUGAAUGGCGGUAGUGGCGACCAUGGUUUCUUUUCCUCCUUCACCGCCGGAGACAAGUACGGUCGGCACUAGUACGUUCUCUCUCUUUCUCUCUCUCUCUCACAGAUAAUCUGGUGUGCGCAUGAGACUGUGUGGAGAGUGGAGAGACGAUGGAGGAGAAGCUAAGCUAAAUCUUGGCUAGCUUCUACAAUUUGGGCACUACACUACUGCUAUUUGGCAUUUGGCGAGCUUCUCUAUUGUGAAUUUUUAUUUCUUGGUUCUGGUAUGAUGCAUAUGUACAUACAUAAAUCUGGGUCUUUUUUUACUUCCUCCAAGUAUUAAUUUUGGUUCUCUGA